CGGGACCGAAUUUUCCGCCGCUAAUCUGACAGCUGCUCCGGGUGACUUGGUGGCUUACACGCACGCCGUGCUACACAUAGCCCGAUUUGGCUCACCAGAAUGCACAAAUCCCAAUCAGGGGAGUCCGUCUUGGCGCAAUCUGAGUUGAUUGCGCGAAUCUGAGCCCAUGUACAAACUGUCCAGGUAUAAAAGCCGAGCAAGGCUGUCUGCUCACCACCAGUGCUACAACUGAGGCAACGCCAUGAAGACCGUUCUCGUGCUCUGCUUCGUCGCGCUGGCCGCCGCUCGGCCCGACAAGAACGCCCGCAUCGUCAACUACCAGGCCGGCAUCGCCGAGGAUGGAUCCUACGACGCCACGUACGAGACCACCAACGGCAUCAGGUCGACGUCGAGCGGCAUUUCCUACCCGGGAGACAAGCUGAACACCGGCAACUACGUGAUCGAGGGAGAGUACUCGUACGUUGGCGACGACGGUGUCACCUACACAGUGCGGUGGACAGCCGACGAGAACGGCUUCCACCCGGAGGGCGCCCACCUGCCCGACUUCAGCCACACCCGGGAACACAUCGGCUUCGUCGACGAUCAUCUGUAAACCAUUGGAGCGUGUGUUGUUGUUAGUUGAGACUCGUCGAGUGUUUCCGUUUGUAUUUUGUCGUCUGUUGUCUGAUCUCCGUGUACAAGAAGUGUCGUCUCCGUUACCGAUCCGUGAAUUUGAAUGACAAUAUAUUUUGUGUACUCU